AUGUCACCUGCAACUGAGGGCAAAAUGAUUUAUGAAGAUUUGAAAUCAAAAUUUGAUCAAAACGGUUACGUUGUAAUAAAAAAUUUUCUGAACGAAAAGGAGACAAUGGAGCUCAAGGAUGCAGGAGAAAAACUCACCGAGAAUGUGCCGGCUGGCGUUAAAACCGUGUUUGCUACCAGUCAAACGAAACAAGUGGCCGACGAUUACUUCUUAGAUAGUGCCGACAAAAUAUCAUUUUUUUACGAAAAAGCUGCUCUGGACAACGACGGACACCUGCAGGUCGAUGCCUCGUUGGCGCUGAACAAAGUCGGCCAUGCCUUACACAGGUUGCACCCGACGUUCGAGGCGUGCACGUACAGCGACAAGGUGACAAAUGUCUGCCGAGCUUUGGGCUUAGUGAAGCCGGUAGUGCCGCAGAGCAUGUACAUCUACAAAAACCCCGGUGUCGGUGGCGAAGUCAUCUCGCAUCAAGAUUCCACAUUCCUCUUCACGGAACCAGAUUCAUUGGUCGGAUUUUGGAUAGCCUUGGAUGAUGCCACUCUAGAGAACGGUUGUUUGUGGGUGAUACCGGGUUCUCACAAGACCGACAUACACAAACGUUUUAUUCGUAACCCAGACAAAUCCAGUGCAAUAAGUCAAACAAUUUUCCAGGGAACACAUCCAGAAUAUGAACAGUCGUUGUACGUACCGUUAGCCGUUGAGAAAUCCAGCCUCGUCUUAAUACACGGAAAAGUGGUACACAAAAGUGAACAGAACAAGUCACAGUAUUCGCGACAUGCCUACACUUUCCAUGUAUUUGAUGAAGGAAUUAGCCAAUAUUCUGAACAGAAUUGGUUACAGACAAAAGUUGGAUUCAAACCAUUAUAUAUUGUAUAA